UUUCUUCUUCUCUGCAAGUCUGUUUUUGCCCUGUCUCUCUAUGUUUCUCCCUUCUUUUCCAGAUUAAAUGCUUACCCUUUUGGUCUAAUGUGGGGAUGAUUUCCAAUUUUUGACCCAGACCUUUUUUUUUUUUCUGAUCUGGGUCAAUCUUGGUUUCCAGCUAAAUGGGUUGCAUUACAUCCAAACAAGGUGGCACUGUGGUGGCAGCCUCCCCUGUUUCUGUGGUUCACAACAACAGUCAUGGUUUGAUAUUUGCUUCUUCUUCAUCCUUAAAACGACAAUCUGCGAGGUUAGAGAUUGAUAGAGAUGAUGAGAAAUUGUAUGAAAGUGGUAAAACUAUUAACCAUAAUCACCGGAAGAGAAGCCGUGAUUUGAGGAAAUCAAAGAGGGAGAGUUCUGGUAGGAAGAGUGGUUCUUUUAGCUUCAAAUUAGGCUUUUCACAUAGGCUUGUGGAGGCUGAACAGGUUGCAGCCGGGUGGCCUGCUUGGCUCAGCUCAGCUGCUGGUGAAGCUGUACAUGGUUGGGUGCCUUUGCAGCCUGAUGCUUUUGAGAAACUGGAAAAGAUUGGACAAGGUACAUACAGUAGCGUAUUCCAAGCUCGCGAAGUUGAAACUGGGCGGAUGGUUGCCUUGAAGAAAGUGCGGUUUGACAACUUUCAACCAGAAAGCAUUAGGUUUAUGGCACGAGAAAUAACAAUUCUACGCAGGCUUGACCAUCCAAAUAUCAUGAAAUUGGAAGGGGUAAUCACAUCUCGGUUUUCAAGUACUGUUUACCUUGUAUUUGAGUACAUGGAGCAUGAUCUUGCUGGAUUAUCUUCUUGUCCUGAUAUCAAGUUCAGUGAGGCACAGGUGAAGUGCUAUAUGAAGCAGCUAUUACUGGGACUUGAGCAUUGCCAUUUGCAAGGUAUAAUGCAUCGAGAUGUUAAAGCAUCUAACAUUUUGGUAAACAAUCAAGGAAUUCUGAAAUUGGGGGAUUUUGGAUUGGCAAACAUCCUUACUUCGAGGAACAGGCAACAAUUAACUAGUCGAGUAGUGACUUUAUGGUAUCGCCCUCCUGAACUUUUGAUGGGAUCCACAAGUUAUGAAGUCUCAGUGGAUCUCUGGAGUGUAGGCUGUGUAUUUGCAGAACUUCUUAUGGGAAAGCCUAUCCUCAAAGGGAGAACUGAGGUUGAACAACUGCAUAAAAUCUUUAAACUGUGUGGUUCCCCACCUGAUGAAUAUUGGAAAAAGAUUAGGCUCCCUCAUUCAACCAUGUUUAAACCUCAGCAUCCUUAUGAAAGUUCUCUUCGCGAAAGGUGUAAAGAUAUUUCUGCAAGUGCAAUGAACUUGUUAGAAACUCUUCUUUCGGUAGAACCUCACAAGCGUGGGACUGCCUCUUCAUCACUAAUGUCUGAGUAUUUCCACACAAAACCCUAUGCCUGCGAUCCUUCAAGCUUGCCAAAGUAUGCACCUAAUAAAGAAAUUGAUGCAAAACAGCGCGAUGAACUACGAAGGAAGAAAUCUGGAUCUAGAACCCGAGAUUCUGGAGUAUCGAGAAAAACAAGAAGAUCUCGUAAAAGUUUGCAAGAACCUAAAAAUUUCAUUAGAACAGCGCCGAAAGAGGAGCUGCUAGACAAUACUCAAGUUGCUAGUAAAAACUAUGGUUUUACUGCAAAUAAUCCGAAGGGAAGAGAAUGUACUGCUCAUAGAGGGCAUCUGAAUUUAUCGUUUGAUACAAGGUCAGAGACUUCUCAAGUAACAACUGUAUCUCAAGGUGAUAUUUCCACAGCUCCACCACCACUGACAGGACCAACCAGCUUUUCCUGGGCAAAGAAGCGAAAAGAUUCCACAUCUACACUUUCAUACAAUCAACUUUCUUCAAUAAGUCAACUUAGUGAUACAAAUUCAUCCAGCUUCACCUUUUCAAAUUCUAAUACCUUUAACCUAAUAAAGCAAGAGAAUCAAGAUGUUCCUGAAGGUGUUUAUACUAAUUCCAAGGAGCUGAAGCAGCAGCGAACUCGAUUGAAUAGGUAUGAUUUUUCUGAUGUAACUGAUCAGCAGGUGCAAAACAAGUUUAAUAGGUCAGAUUUUUAUGAUGCAAGUGAUGUAUUUCAUCAGGAAGAAGUAACUGCUAUAAAUAAUAAUAUGGAAAAAGUUGGUUAUUCAGGACCAAUAGUAACAGAAUCAUAUGAUGUCGACGAACUCCUGGAAAGGAACGAAAAUCAGAUCCGGCAAGUAGCCAGAAGAUCAAGGUUUCAUUGAGGUAUGGCAAAGCCAUGUUUCUGCAUUCCAUUGUCUAAAAAUAUUAUGUCUAAUGACCAGCAAAACUGAUGGAAUUUUGUUUUUUUGGUUUUGGCAGAGAAAUGAAACAAGGUUUUCUUUCUAAGAGUGGACGAUCCCUUGGUAUGGCCGAAAUGCAAAGUAGGCAAGGCUUUCCAGCUUGCAAACCUUGAACAUAUAUAAUCCAUUGCCCUGUCCUUACAUUGAGCUCAAACAAAGAUCUGGUGCUACCUUUGUUUUGCAUUUUUAGCCUGCAUUUUGUGCUUAAAAUCAAUUGUAUAAAAAAAAUUGUAUAUUCCAAAUAGCGCAACUUUUCAUUGGAAAGGAAGAAAUUAAUCCUGAGCAUGA